CUUUGACAAUCUAAACUGACUUUUUGACGUAAAAAUGUAGCUAGCCCUGUCGGCUGCAGCCUGCGGUGACGCUAAUUAAAUCAUGAAUGUAGAGUUGAAUGAAAAGUUGAGCAAUGUUACAAUAUCCUCUGAUUCCGAUGAUUAUUUUGAACCGUCUAAUUUCAAAUUCAGCGGAGAAAAAACAGAUAGAAAAGUGACAAUCAGCGAACCAGUGUGUAAAACGAAUCCUCACUACAAGGGAGGUCGAAGAAGUCGAUAUUCAACUUUCAUCUCAGGCAUUCAUCAGUUUGACCCUUAUCAAGAAUUAACAGCAACACAAAUUGCUGCAUUUCGACAAGUAUUUGAUCUAGUUGAUAAAGAUGGUGGAGGAAGUAUCGACGCGGAGGAGUUGUAUAACAGUAUGAAAGAUCUGGAGUCAAAUCUUAAUCUUGAUGAAGUAAAGGAGAUUUUGGAAGAGCUUGAUCGUGAUGGCAAUGGAGAGAUUGAUUUUGAAGAGUUUCUCUACAUGAUGACGAGUAUGAGUAUACAAAUAAAAGAAGCGCAAGUCGAAGACACCGCUUGUACAAGGGCGGGCAAAAGACGACAAAGCGUCUUCUUUUCGGUAAUCACAAAAUUUGCUAUGAAACACUCGCUAAAAGAAAUCGAAAGAUAUUACGCAAGUAAAGGCCGUUACACUCCGCAUGUUGUUGGACACUAUGCUGCAGGUGCAAGAGUGGAUGGCUUGAGCGACAAGGAGUUGCAACAAACUUGGAAGAAUCUGUCCCUUGCAAGCAAAGGUAAAAACUCUCCAUAUGCUCAACCGUUAAAUUUUGCUUUGUCGUAUAAUGAUGGACAGGGAUUCAAAAAGAAAACAAUUCGUUUGAAGAAAAAAAAGAAGGCUGAUCGAUCUGAACAUGUUACGCCUUCGCCGACACCUUUUCAAUGUCGUUCUACUAGUUGCUCUCCAACGUCACUCACUUCAUCCCGAAGAAGUUCAACCAAAAGAUCUGGGUCCCGAUCUGAAAGUAAAGUUGGCUGGACCCCGCGCCAUCGAUUGCCUAUAACGAAAGUUGGUCUCCCUGUAGUUAAGUUUAACCAAAAUAGAAGAUUCACAAUUUUUGAUAUGGACAAAAUUCGAGUUCGUAUAAAUAUCGCGCGGAACUCGUAUUAUGAUAAAUUGAACAUCGAGAAUGAGGAGAAAGCUGUUAACUAUUGGCAAACGUUAAAAAUCGAUGAAAUACCUUCAGAAAGAUUACAGGAAAAUUUUAAAAAGGUUUUUCGCGCGUACUCGCCAACUGCUGAAUACGAAAACCACAUCAAGCAUGACUGUACAUAUGGAACACUUUCACCACGUAAGAAUAAAAAUCAUACUAAACUUGAUAGAGUCAUGAAAGGAAAAAAUUUAGACCUUUAAA